CUCCGGGCCCUAGUGCGCCCGGCGGGCGGAGGCUGCUGGUCUACGCGCUCUGCAGGGCUUCAGAGUCCCAGUGGCCGCGUCGGGAGCCAGCAUGGCAGCGGGGCUGAGGCGGAGCUGCGGGGUCCUGAGAAGUAUUUCUUGUUUUGGCUGGAGAUCACAACAUACAAAAGCUGCCCCAAAGCGUCAGCCAGGAUUAGGAUUUAGUUUUGAGUUAACUGAACAACAGAAAGAAUUUCAAGCUACUGCUCGUAAAUUUGCCAGAGAGGAAAUAAUACCGGUUGCUGCAGAAUAUGAUAAAACUGGUGAAUAUCCUGUCCCCCUAAUUAAAAGAGCUUGGGAACUUGGUUUAAUGAAUACACACAUUCCAGAGAGUUGUGGAGGUCUUGAACUUGGAACUUUUGAUGCUUGUUUAAUUACUGAAGAAUUGGCUUAUGGAUGUACCGGGGUUCAGACUGCUAUUGAAGCAAAUUCUUUGGGGCAAAUGCCUGUUAUUAUUGCUGGAAAUGAUCAACAACAAAAGAAGUACUUGGGGAGAUUGACUGAAGAGCCAUUGAUGUGUGCCUAUUGUGUAACAGAACCUGGAGCAGGCUCUGAUGUAGCUGGUAUAAAGACCAAAGCAGAAAAGAAAGGAGAUGAGUAUAUUAUUAAUGGUCAGAAGAUGUGGAUAACCAAUGGAGGAAAAGCUAACUGGUAUUUUUUAUUGGCACGUUCUGAUCCAGAUCCUAAUGCUUCUGCUAGUAAAGCCUUUACUGGAUUUAUUGUGGAAGCAGAUACUCCUGGAGUGCAGAUUGGAAGAAAGGAAUUAAACAUGGGCCAGCGAUGUUCAGAUACUAGAGGAAUUGUCUUUGAAGAUGUGAAAGUGCCUAAAGAAAAUGUUUUAAUUGGUGAGGGAGCUGGUUUCAAAAUUGCAAUGGGAGCUUUUGAUAAAACCAGACCUCCAGUUGCAGCUGGUGCUGUUGGCUUAGCACAGAGAGCUUUGGAUGAAGCUACCAAGUAUGCCCUGGAAAGGAAAACUUUUGGAAAGCCACUUAUAGAGCACCAAGGGAUAUCAUUUUUGCUGGCUGAAAUGGCAAUGAAAGUUGAACUAGCUAGAUUGAGUUACCAGAGAGCAGCCUGGGAGAUUGACUCUGGUCGCCGAAAUACCUAUUAUGCUUCUAUUGCAAAGGCGUUUGCUGGAGAUAUUGCAAAUCAGUUAGCUACUGAUGCUGUGCAGAUUUUUGGAGGCAAUGGAUUUAAUACAGAAUAUCCGGUAGAAAAACUAAUGAGGGAUGCCAAGAUCUAUCAGAUUUAUGAAGGCACUGCACAAAUUCAAAGGCUUAUUAUAGCCCGUGAACACAUCAGCAAGUAUAAAAAUUAAAGAGAUUGCUAUAGAAACAUGAUUCAUCAUUGAGUAACUAGAACAUGACCCACUGUGUAAGCACCAGAAAAGAGAAAGGGCUUUAACAUUUUUCCAGUGAAAAUAAAAAUGAGUACUCUUAUACUAGAUCUGAAGCAACUGAUUCUAAUAGUAGUUUGUGCUUUGUUUAACUCUAUAUGAUUUCCCUUUUCUGAAAUAGAUUUGGUUUUAUUGAAA